AUGUGGGGGAUAAAAGCGCCGUGGAUAUUUUUCCCUUUGCUUGUGGGCAUGAAGGCGAAGGAGGCGCAGCCUCUGCCCCAAGCGACGGCGGAGAUACAGCUCUUGGAAAGAGCACGGAUGAGACUAGAAGAGGGUCUGAUGGCUAAGCUCGAGGACGAGUAUAACAGACAGCUGGACAAUUCACAGUUACAGAUUUCCAGUGCAGUCGACAGAGCAAUGAGAGUAUUCAACAGUCCAAAUAUUCUCCGAAGUGCGGUGAAAUCAUCCAUGACACCGCUCACUACAGCGUCUGUUGCUGCGCCAGAGUUCCGGGGAGUCCAAAGCAGGAUUGACACCGUUCCAAACAGAACGACGCGCAGUGACGUGAAACUCCACGAGCACGGACCAAUGCCACUCACGCCUGCCGUUUCUGCCACCUCAUUUCUUGAAACCGUAGCAGCAUCCACCACUUCUUCGAAAAACCGCUUUCUGGAUAUACUUGGAGCGGCGACCCCGCCUCCAUCAGUAAAAGUGGAGCUUACGGAUAUACGAGAGCCCAGCCCCCGUAUAAAGGAAAAAAUGGACGAGAUCGAAGAACUUCGGACAGAUGAGGAAACCAGAAUGUUCCAACAAGCUAUUUCGGAGUUUGAGCAGCUCACCAAAAUUACCGUCCAAGAGCUAGAAAAAAAUAUACAAACUCAGAUGAAUCCCUUCCUUGUUGAUACCGAGGCUGUGGGAGCCGCUGUACAAGAACGGUUGAUAGGGACCGCCCCUGCAUCGAGGACACUAGCAUUCCGCGAAGUCGACGAGGAGGGGACGCCAUUCCUAGGCCAAAAGUGCCACGAGCUGCGAACCCGGUACCCGGGUUUCAAAGUCGAAUGCCCAAUAGGAGUGAAAUCAAAGACAACAAGCAGACAAGUUUCGUUUUUGGAACUCGCCGAAACGACAGCCGCCGAACAAAACAACUCUCUGUUGGAUUCUGACACGAAAAGACAGCUCAACGUCAGAGUGACUCAGUCAGACAAGGCGUACCCCACAGUCGACGAGCUCGUGAGCGACAUGCAGAAAAAGAGGGAUGCAACUGAGAGGCUCGAGAGAAUGAAGAUUUUGGAGUUACAGCUCAAGCUGCUGAAGGCUCAGGACGAAAUGAUAAAGGACGCCCUGCACACCUCUGUUGCACGCGUACUUGCCCAAUAUGCACCCGCUGUCGAGGCUGUCAAAGCGGAAGUUGCUUUACGACGCAUUCAGUAG